AUGCGGACCACUUGUCCUUUGACUUUCGCUUUACUUCCUGCUCUUCUCGCCACCUUGCAACUUGCUGAAGGCCUGUAUUAUAUAACCGCGUUCAGUUCUUUGACUACGGCCAUUGCAACUCAUAACAACCCCACAACGAAGCCUUUCAAUAGGAACAACACCAAUGAUGGCUCACUCCUGCCAUCACCCACUCCGCUAUCGAUUUACAGCAAAAUUUUAUCGACGAGUCCGGCCCACGCAUCGGUCUCUAUCGCGUCUCAGACAAACCACUCUCGUGCUCAUGAAUGUUUGAGGACGAAAACAAUUAAUGGCCCUCAAUCCACCGGUACCUCGUCUGGGUCGAGACUGCUCCAUUCUUUAUCGACGCUGACUUCAAAUCAUUCGACGCAAACAGUAAUUAUCUGGAAUGCGUGUGAUCUUGCGGGGCCCGAGGUACUGAUACCUCAAAGUAGCGUAGUCGGAGGGGAACAUUGGAAUCCGCUACAUCCUGCCAUUAGGCCGGCAAAUGAGAAAUAUCCAGCCACUUCACUGAUCUCCUUGUCCCCAGAGGAGGCCGAUGCCACGGUGAAUGCUCAAGCGGCAGUGGAAAAACCAAAGCCUGGGCCAGGUGUUGGACAGCUGGUCAAAGACCCAAACGUGGUUUCUGAUACAACCUCAUCGCAACCAAUAAGCAUAGUCCCUCCUCCACCCACUCAAUCUAAAGCUGAAGGCACCCCUGCUCCAUUGGCUCGUGAAUCUCCGCCGACAGUAGACAAGGCCGAGAACAACCCUUUUCCACUGAAUCAACCCAAUCAGCCUGCUGAGCCCAUACACACUCAGCAAAUUUGGGCAGGAUCACCACAGGUACCAGACGACGAAAUCAAGACGUCUAAGCAGGAUUCUCCUAUUGCAGCACCAAAUCCACAACCCGCUAGACAACCAGCAGUUGCCACUUUACCUGCUUCUAUGCAUACGCCGAUGACAAGAUCUGUGGAUGCGCCCGUGAUAUUCGCUGGUCAGACAAUCGCUCCUAAUGCUGCUCCUACAGAAAUCGGAGGGUCAAUGGUUGCGGUGUCUGACGGAUCGAUUCAUGUCGGCAAAUCAGCCGUCAAAGUCCCUCAAGUCGCUGUUGUGCAGACGGACCCUCCAUUAGUUGCUAACGGCUUGACGUUAGACCCUCCUGGGAAAACUUUGGAUGAAGCUCCUCCUCCAGUCAUCAUUGAAGGUCUGACCUUCUCAGCAGGACCGCUCACCUUCAGCCCCAUCACUUCACAACAAUCCCCUGCAGGUGGUAAUACUGGUGAAAAGGAUCAUCCUGGGCAAUCACAAGCGGUGGAGAUUGCUUCAGACGCUCAAGCAGGUGCAAAUAAACUAUUAGAAAACGGAUCCGUAGCUCCCGAAUCACCUAAAGUGACACUUGCAACCGUAGGUAACCAAGCAAUCGUCGGCAACGCUGCUUCCGCUGUCGUUGCCGGUCAGACUAUCGUACCCAACGCAGCCCCAAUCACAGUCGAUGGAACGCCCAUAUCUCUUGGAAAGACGGCCAUUCAAAUCGGCUCCAAUGCGAUUCCUCUACCCACACCUGGCCCUGAUGCGCCAUCAACAAACCCAGAUGCACCUCUAGUCUACUCAGUCGCUGGUCAGCAAGUCUCAGCCAACGGUCCUGCAAUCACCAUCUCGGGCAUGCGCAUCAGUAUCGAUUCCUCUGGUCUAAUCGUAGGCUCUCAAACUAUCCCUCUCUUCCCACCCGCCACUGAUCCAACAAAUGGUCCCAUUACACCAGCAAUCUACUCAAUCUCAGGCACACCCAUAACCGCUAAUGGCCCGGCCGUCACAAUCUCCGGUACACGAGUCUCCCUCGGCUCUUCUGGUCUCGUAAUAGGCAGCCAAACCAUAGCUCUGCCGACCUCAUCCGCCGACACUACCCUGGCCGGCGAGACCUUUAAGCCAUUAGGAGCGAAUGUAAUCUCUAUAGAUGGACAGACUAUCUCUGUUGGUGGACCCGCCAUCACAGACGCUCAGGGGACGCGUGUAUCGCUUGCUACGGACGGUCUGGUGGUUGGAUCAGCUACGUAUGCCUAUGCUCAUCCUUUGAUCACGAAUGGUCCGGUGCUGGGGCAGUCUUCUGUGUUUAUUGUUGCCGGCGAGACUAUUACCGCGGAUGGGCAUGGGGGGCUCUCUAUUUCUAGGACUAAAAUCACAAAUGGUGGUUCGGCGGCGACCAUUCAUGGAACUGCUGUCUCGCUUGGGGCUGAUGCAUUGGUUGUGGGUAACAAUACGAUCUCGCUGGCGUCGAUAUCGGGACUAGGCCCGGCGAUUUCAGGGUUGGCAUCGAAUGAUGCCGCAAAUUCGACUGGUUCAAUCGUCUCUAUGAAAGGUCUGUCAUCAGCAGACACACGGAAAGACACAGGAACCGAAGAGCUUGCAGGAGCAACACAAAUCCAUUCUACUGGCUCGACGAGUAGAGAUAGCGGAGCGAAGAGGCUUCAGCUCAGACGGGUGGACGCCGUGGGAUUCUCGUUGAGUAUUGUAAUUGUAAAUAUCAUGUAG